AUGCAUGGAGUAACUUAUACAGAUGAACUUCUAAAGGCAUUUGGCGAUCGAGCUGGGCAUGUAUGGCUUGCUCACGACACUAUUGUACAUGGUGGUGGUGGAGAAAGAAAUGGAAUAGAGGGAAUUGUGGUUGGGAUAGAGGGGAUUGAUGGAAUGCUUGGUAGUGGAGGCAAGGUGACCUUUGGGACGGUAGGCAUGGUGGGGAAGCUAGGAAGUGGAGGCAAUGUAGGCUUAGGUAGAGAUGGUUGGGUUGUGGGCAAGGUAGGCAAUGUUGGAUUGGUAGGCAAAGGUGGCAAUGUGGGCUUGGGAAAAUUUGGCACUGAAGGGAGAGGUGGUAAUUGGAGAAGAUGGCGAGCAGCUAAGGCUACAUUGAUGCUUGAGAAGGCCAAAGCAAUGGAGAAAGCAAAGAUGAAGCACUUGUAA